GGCAGCGCUCGGGAGGCAGCGCUAGCCUGAAAGGGACUAGACCCACUAGAGCUCUCCCGUUUCCUGCAAGCACUUUGAUCCCCCACACCAAUUGAGCUCUUCCCCACAACCACCGCGACCAGCGCGGUGGAAUGCCGCCUGCUGGUGCUGCGUUUGACACGCUUUCUCCAGUCACUUUUUCAACCAAAUUCGGAUUUUUCUCACUUUUCUUCUUUAUUUUCCUCAGCUAUUCAUUCUAAAUUGGCUGAAUCAUCCCAAUUGCUCUUCCCUUCCUAAGGUCAAGCUGAGAUGGACGGCCACGGGGUUGCCCAAGGAACGGGCGAUAGUUCGUCCAGAACACACCGCCUAACACAAGCAAUGGAACACCCGGAAAACUCGCCAGUUUAUCCUGUCUCUCCCCUGCUACUGGAAAGGCUGCAGCGUUCACGGCAACUUGAGAACGGCCGUGUAUCAUCCCACUCGAGCACCGAUAUGCUUUCCUCCUCUGGCUCCAGACAUGUACGGAGGAGCCCUUCCCCCACUGACAGCCAUCGGCCCGGGUCAGAUGGUGGCGUCGAUGCUGUGAAGGCGAAGAAAGGCUUGGGCAUGAAGGAGAUGGAGCAGACAUUGUCCACGUUGCACAAGCAGAACUUCGACCUCAAACUCGAGCUUUAUCACCGAAGAGAAAGGCAAGCCGCCCUCGAAGCGCGCGUCGAUACGUUGGAGAGGGAGGCCAAAGAAAGAGACGAGCUAAACGAAUCGUUGCUCCGUGAGCUCGAGAAGCGGGACAAGGCCGUCGAGGAGGCCAUAGGGAUGAUUCUCGCCUUGGAGAAGCGUAUCGAGGAGCUCCUUCUCGAGAGGAAGAUGGUGCUCCAGGUCGAGGCUGAGAAGCCUCCGUACUCUCGAGUCGCUUCUCCCUUGGUAACGCCAAGUUCCCAAAGCAAAACUUCAGAGUUGGCCACACCUGGCGAUUCUUCCAAGACCCCAAUUCGCAUGCCGAGCUUCGUCUCGGACAGGAGCGAAAACACCGAGAAUCUUCGAAGUGUAUACAUGGCCGGCCUGGCCUGCGAAAGCGGCCUCUCUCUUCCACAGCCGGCCGAGGACACGCCUGAUACCGCUCGCAUCGACCCCCGACUGGCGAGCCCUGCGCUCAGCGAGUUGAGCGAAAGCUCGUUCGCCAGCGUCUACGGCCGGGGAAGGGCCGUUGACCUUCCCUCCACACCUCGGAACCGUCCUGACCAGCGGGAUGUGCCCUCUCGAACCGCUGCCCCGGGAGUCGAAUCUCCGACCAGAGCCGGAACGUCAACACCAAAGGGUCACCGUCGGCCAAGCAGCUCUCGAGUGGCCAGUGGGCAAUUCCACACCAUUAGUGGCAUCAUGGCAGACACCCCAUCACCCCGUCAGCGGACCGAGGGGCCCAAGCCAACGCACGCUACCCCGAGGGAUUUCCUAAAACCGCCAACCGGGAAGAAGGAGCAGCCACCAAUUACCCGCCCUCCGACCUCUCAUUCCCAGCCAAAGUCCAAAAAGGAGAAACGGGAGGCUCUGGAGAGAGUCAUAACACAAGCCCAGUUCACCAAUCCCCAAACACUGCCCCCGACACCAGAUACCCUCUCAAGCACCACCCUGCCUAACAACGAAACGCCAGUCAAGGACCAUGGACCCGAUAGCGAACACAAUCGCCGAGACCUGACCGAGGCGAACAUAACGAAGAUACCUGAGCAUCUAGAGCACGUAUCGCCAUCUCGGGCCGCUCAACCCGCAUCUACCACGGCGUUUGACAGCCGGAAACACUGUCAUGCAACAGGGGGGUCGUCAGUUGCGGCUGCAGUCGUACCGGAUCACCGCUCGUCUCCCUCGACCACCGACUCGGCAUAUGCGCGCGCACUCAACGGUAACAGCUGGAGCGGAGACGCAUCGCGAUACACGGCCAGACAUCGCAGAGACUCGACGACGUCGAGCAUCGAUACCUGGCUCCGCGAGAGCCUGAAGCCAGAGAGCACAGAAGGUUUAGGUCCGAUGAGCUCCGUGUCGCAAGCGCACCCGAUCGCUACCAACGGCCGCGUCUCGCCAGAUCUGUUUUCGUUCCCGACUUCGGCGCAUGGUUGGAUGGCAAACACGAUGCUCGGUUCCAUGGGUGGAAAAGAUCACGCGGGUCCCCACGCCAAAAAUGCGUCCGUAACACCCAUUGCGGACAUGCUGGAUGCCAUUGAAGCCUCGAGGCCAACUCCCCCUAUCGCGAACCCCAGGCGUAAGACUCCUAUAAGCGGUGCCGCAGCUCCAUCUCCGCCGAACCGGCGGUCCAGCCUUCUCGCGAGGACCGGAGCUCCUGCGGAUGCAACACCUGGAACGGAAGGCAUCCCGCAGCCGCCACCGCAUCCCAGCCCCUCCGCUUCUUCCAAGGUCAACAGCCCCGCCCGCGGAAGUCGUACCCGCAGCAAUAGCAACGACGUUCGAUCCGUCGACCGCCACCUCACGGGGCUUGGUCUGAAACAAGGCCGGGCCAUGACCGUACCUCCCAAGCAAGUCCACGCCCCGCCGCCGCCCAUCCACCAGCACCACCAUCACCAGCAGCAGCAGCAGCAGCCAGACGCUCCCAUCAAGCAGGACUCGCCCAUGCAGGCCCUCUCCAAACAACGCCACUACCCGCCCCCAAGCCAGACGUCCCGCCCCCGCUCGCGCGGCCUGACCGCGUUCUUCCGCCGCUCCACGGGCUCCGCGGACGUGCCGGCUCCGCCCGCCAGCGCCCCGCCGACACAGACGGCGUUCAAGCCGCCGCCGCCGCCGCCGCCGCGAUCGCGGUCGCGGCAGCGAGCAGGCUCGGGGUCUGAGGCGCUGCCGGCGGCGUUGGGGAUGGGCAUGCCCUCGUGGGUGCGCCGCGCGUCGCUGGCAGAUGGGGAGCGCCCGAGCGGCGUCACGCCGCCGCCGAUUCUGCGGAAGAAGAAGGGCACGUCGCAGCCAUCCUUCGUGGACGGCUCCGGCGUCCACGCUAGGGCCGUCGGUCUCGGCGAUGACGAGGACGGCGAUGGCGGGGUCGUGCUGGAGCCAUCUCCUGCCGCGGCUGGGACGCCCGCCGGUGGUGGUGGUGGUGGUGGUGCUCCGGUGGGCAUACCUCCUCCCUCUGGGAAAUCGUCGUCGUCGUCGUCGGGGAAGUCAUGGGGCGGCAGCACCGGCUGUGUUGUGGCGAAUGGUGAAGGCGGGGGUGUGUCGCUCGGUGGUGGUGGUGGUGGUGGUGGUAAUAGCGGUAACUCGGGAAGCGGGAAGAGGAAGUGGCUUGGCCUGGGGAGAGUCAGCAGCCUGAGAAACCGUGGCGGAACGUAGAACGUCCGUUGCGGGGUUUGGCGGUGUGGUUAGAAGACAUCCUACCGGCGUACGUACUGUGUAGACGUACGUCCCUCGCCUUGCGGUUACACGUCAUGAUGAUGGCAUGGUCAAGAGUUCUGAUGAGUUCAAGGGCUGGGCCCCGGUAUGGCGUUCUGGGUUAUCUAUGUUGCGUCUGGCGUUUAGGUGAUCUAUUCAGUACUCAUUCCUGGGGAAGUAGUCAUUUUUGGGUCACAAAUUGAAGACGGUAUUAGAGAUUGAUUGCCCCAAAGAUUCUCGGUAUAGAGCCUCAUCUCGUUAACCUUACCGCCUUGGUAGCUAUGCAAAAGAUCAGUGACGUUGGG